GUGUACGAUCAUUGAUAAUGUACUCUACUUCCAUUGCCAGCUGUUAUUGUUUGCCUUUCUGUUGACAAAUUCAAAUAUAAUAUCCAUCGUUUUCCAACAACUCUUUGCAUCAGCGAUGGUGAAAUGUGGUUCUAUUCUGUAACACUUCCAAUAGACAUUUUACUUGCUUUUGGUGUUAUGAUGCUAAUUAUAAUUCUUUGGACUAUCAGGAAAAAAACUAAUUUCUUGAAAAAGAAAAGUCGUACCCAGCUCAGCACUGCAGAGAAAAAAAUUCUCUUGGUUUUCACAUCUUUUAUUAUUUUUGGUGUUUUUAUUUUAGGGCAUGUAAGUGACAUAACAGCAAAAUCUGGCAAGUUUCAAGCAGCUUUAAGAGAAUACUUUGAAUGCGAGGCAUUUGGUUAUGUCCCUGGAAAAUGUGAUAGAGGAACAUUUGAAGAGAGCCCUUACAUGAGUAUCAUUGUGUACAUGCUAAUGAGUUUGAUACCAUUGAGCGUUUUGAACUUCAUACUCAAGUGGAGCUCAGUUAAAAGCACUGGAAACAAAGCAGUAAAAUUGACAAAGAGGUAUUCAAGUUUCUUGUACCGUGGAAAAAGUUCUUUCAUAACUUCCUCUGAAAGUGUUCCAGAUGAGAAUUCGUCAAAAUCAGAUAAAAGUGCAGAGAUAAGUGAAAACACUGCAAAACUUGACUUUUAAUAACUACUGAUAAUUUUUGUGUGCAAUAUGUAAAAUGUUGAAUUAGGCCAAACAAUAAGUUUUAAAGUUAUUUUUUAU